UUCCCUGUAUCCCCCGGCCCGGGUGUCAUCUUACACUCCUUAUAUAGCCUGGGAGCCGGGGACUGCUGGCAGCAGGACUGCAGCCUGUCCUCCUUCCGCCCGCUGCUGCUGCCGCCGCCGCCGCCGCCUUGGAUUCGUGACAUGGAGGAUUACAAAGUGACUUUGGAUGGACCGGCCCCAUGGGGCUUCCGCCUGCAGGGGGGCAAGGACUUUAACAUGCCCCUCUCCAUCUCCCGGCUGACACCAGGGGGAAAGGCUGAGUUGGCUGGAGUGAGUGUGGGGGACUGGAUGCUACAAAUUGAUGGCGAGAACACCACAAGCAUGACUCACAUUGAGGCCCAGAACAAGAUUCGAGCCUGCAGCAAUAAACUGAGCCUAAUUCUGAGCAGAUUCUUAACAGGAUUGAAUAAUCAGCAAAAGGGCGUGCUUUCUCCUGAUGCCCAAGGCGUGAAGUAUAACUUUGCACCGAGCACAGCUCUCAACAAAACCGCCCAGCCGUUUGGUGCUGGCACACCACCCCCAGACAACUCUCGGCCAGCUCAGGUCACCAAGCCAGUGACUUACAACCCCCCUCCGCCAGCCUAUACCACCAGCCCGACACCCCGAGCCCAGCAUCAGAACGGGCAAGAAAGGAGCAAUGUGAUGUCUAUCCCUGCCCAGGAUUGCACUGAUUUUCCAGCACCGCCCCCACCUCUCUCUGGGCCUGCAGUCCGCCCUCCUUGGACCACAGAUCCUUCCUUUGCUGAGCGCUAUGCUCCUGAUAAGACUACCACUGUAAUGACUAAGCAUACUCAGCCAGCAACCCUCACUCCUGCCCAGAACCGCAGUUCCAUUCUGCAGGCAGCUCAGCCCGCCUCUACUGGGGACAAAACGCCUAUCUGUUCUCAGUGCAACAAAGUCAUCCGAGGGCGGUACCUGCUGGCACUGGGGCGUUACUAUCACCCCGAGGAGUUUACUUGUUCACAGUGUCGCAAAGUGCUGGAGGAAGGAGGGUUCUUUGAGGAGAAGGGCUCCAUAUUCUGCCCACUCUGCUAUGAUGUCCGGUUUGCCCCCAACUGCGCAAAGUGUAAAAAGAAGAUUACAGGGGAGAUAAUGCACGCUUUGAAGAUGACAUGGCACGUUCAGUGUUUUACCUGUGCUUUCUGUAAGACACCCAUUCGUAACCGUGCCUUUUACAUGGAAGAGGGGCAGCCGUACUGUGAAAAAGAUUAUGAGAAGAUGUUUGGUACCAAGUGCCGUGGUUGCGAUUUUAAAAUUGAUGCUGGUGAUCGUUUCUUAGAAGCUCUGGGAUUCAGCUGGCAUGACACCUGCUUUGUGUGUGCGAUCUGCCAGACUAAUCUGGAAGGCAAGACGUUUUACUCCAAAAAAGAUAAGCCUCUCUGCAAGACCCAUGCCUUCUCCAACGUCUGAGCAGCCUCCCCGCCUGCACAGCCUCACAAACCUGCACACCUCAUCCACACCACAGCUGCCUGCAGCCUGCAUGGAGCAACCGAACAGAAGAGCCUCAUUGUCAUUCAUCUUAUUGGUGGCCUGCUACAUAAUUCAGCUAUGUGUUCAAAAGUGCCCCGGGGAUGGGGGGAUAUUGUAUUUCAUUACAGUUCAGCUUCCACCUGAAAUGUGACUUAAUUAUAACUUUAGGUGCUAAUCAGUUAUUCAGUAGAUGAGGCUUAAUCCUACAAACUGUUGUGUUUCUGAUAUGUUAUAUUUUGGAAUUAGAGAACAAAAGAACAAAGUUAUAGGAAAGCUCCAUGUAGCUGAAAAUAGUUCUAGUCUAGAUAACUUGUCAUAAAAAAUAAAUGUAGCAAAAAAAAAACUGGUUGCCAUGAGCACGGACACUUUGAAGCAGAGGACAACACCGUCACUUGAACCCGGCGUAUUUGCCGUUUAUACUUUUAGUCUGGGUUAUUUUUGUAUUUUUUUUUUUGUUGCUUUUCGUUUUAAUUCAGUAUUUUGAAGAAAGAGACGUCAGUCAGUGCUUCUAUUAUAAGACAUAGCUCAUAUUUACACUCCAUAGAGUACCUCAGCUGAGGCAGGUAACCAAGGCAUAAGCCAGAAGGGGACAUGACUGAGAGUUGGAACGUUUACAUACUUAGUGGAGAUCAUAGUUUACAAGUUAUGAGGUAGACAAAUUGAUACUGAAGGCGAUCCUAUAGAGGGGGACGUUUACAUAGGUCCAGUUUACAAUAUAUGUACACAAAGUACUAUUUUAAUUUGACUUUUUUGUAUAUAGAUAUAUAAUGUGUGUACAUUAUAUACGGAGGACUCCUGUUACAUUUUCAUGAUGCCAGGCAGAAAAGCAGUUAGCAUAGGGAAGAUAGAAGAGUCCAUGCGGUAGAAUGAGGUAACUGUGUAGAGUAACACCUCAGGAUGGUUUAGCACACCUAGAGGCCUUAUGGUUCCACAGUUAGAUAUCUCCUAAUUUGACAGUAGAUGCUAUUAGUAUGGAUGUACCGCACUUGCUCACACAGUGGGUUUGCAUCAGCUUUGAAAGCAGUGCAGUCAGGGCAGUCACGCCGCAUGUCUACUAUGUGGUAAGACCUUGGCAACCUAGGUAUAACGGAUUCCAGUGAUAACUAUGCAUGCCCCAUCCACACUGUUAUGUACACUAGAAGCAGUCCCAGUGCUGCGACCUUUAUUCUGUGUUACAGUGUAAGCUGUCUAGGCACGGUAAUUGUAAGACUCCAUUAUCCCUACAAAUUUGUAUACUUUACAAGCAGAACAAAUGCAGUCAGUGAACCCUUGCUGCACUGCUUGUAAAAUGGAUUCAGAAUGACUAUGUGAAUGAAAAGGAUUAGCGUUAGGCCAGUCCUUGGGAUACAGCUAUCAGAUUUUCUGUGACCUUAGUGCAUACUUCAGGGAGCUAAAAUUACAGAUAGUUAUUUGGCCUUCCUGUUUAAUUUAUAUAUUCAAUUCCAUUUGCUUCCAGCAUCAUCAUCAUUGGAAGGACCCUGUGCACUUGGUGCAUCCCUACAUAUAACACUGAAGAAACAGUAUAAAUGUUUCUUCUGAUAAAUCCAUUUCAGUGAGGUAUUCUCCAGUGGUAGCUACUGAACUGCACACUCUGUACUCACCUGUGUGCCUGUGCUACAAUAGGAAUGUUUACAUCAUUGUAAUGAUGAUGCAAAGUUUCACCUGAAUGAUGUGCUGUGAAUCGCUUACUUUUAUCUCCAAGAUCUCACUUCUUUCACUCUGCUUUAAUGUAAUGCACAUUAAUAAAUGCUUCUUCAUUGAUGGGCGAAGAUA